AUGCAAACCCAAGUGCAUGUCAAACGUGUCGGCCGGGUAAGACGCGCCGUAGAUCGGAUAGGCAGCUGCAGAAGACUUCUUCGAAGCCUAAGCCACAUUGGUCUUCUUUGCAGCGCGGCCUCUCAGGCAACGAAUGUGUACACCUGUGUAGCGUGCCGGCCUGGCUUCUACCGUCCGGAUGGAGAAACGGGAUGCGUGCCGUGCACACAGCUGGCCACCGACGUGUUCCAGGAUUCCUGGGCUGGAGCGAUGUGCUUCAAAUGCCCAACCGGUGCAUUCUGCGAUGCUAGCCGCCCUGCCGAGGCGCCGAUCGCCUUACCUGGUUACUUUCGCGUCGAAAACCAAACCUACACGGCGAAAUUCGGGAAGUGGUCCGUGGAGUCGGCCUGCAGCUUCAACCAGGGCCUGGCAGACGCCCACGCCACCGAGAUGUCGAGCUGGGCGGAGGCCAAGAAAAACCACCGAUGGUUGUUUCAGCGAUGUUUGCCCGCGUCCAGUUGCCUUGGCAACAACCAGUGUUUCCAACUCAAUCGUGGCGUCGGAUGUGAGAUGUGCGUUGAGGGCUACACCAAGUACGAGUCCUACUUCCUGUACACCAGCUGCCGGAAGUGUCCGCCAUUCUGGUGGCUCAUCUUGGAGUGCUGUGUCCCUGGCGUCUUUCAAUUCUUUGCCGUGCUCGUGCUGGUGAGGGCGGGGCACAGCACAGCAGUGAAUCGCUUGAGCCUCGCAGCGCCACUCCUGGUGGCGUUGCUUCAGGGCCUGCAGAUGCACGCUAACCUGAGCAAGAUCAUGAACAAUGUUGGUGCUGCGCGAGAGGACUUGGGGAGAUUGAUCUACGCUGUCACAUGGACCGAGGUGCUGAUAGCGCCCUGCCUCGCGCCCUGGAUGCUUUGCCAUCUUCCAGUCCAUGGAGAGGCAGACGUCGGGCUCUAUGUUUUCCUGGUUGUCGCCUCUUCUUUUGUGCCCAGCGCCGCCUACUUCCUACUUCAACUUUUCAACACUUGCCGGGGACGUGCGAGCCGCCACACACUGGUUCGAACUCUGAUUGCGUCGAAUUAUGUGGCUCUGCCCACAGCUUUGAGAGCAACGCUGGAGGUCACCAGGUGCAGCAGAGAUGCGAAUCUACGGAGGACGCUCGAUAUUGACAGGUCGAUCCUCUGCAGCGACGACCCGUUUGAGGGGACGAACCUACUCCAAAGUCUCGUGAUUAUCAUCUGCAUGGUGGUGUUGUUGCUCGAGACGUUGCUUCACUGGAGAACUUUGAAAGAAGCUUGGCCAGAGUUGGCUGGCCAGGGCCAAUACGCUCUGCACGCACAGAUCGACCAGAAUGCUAAGUGGUUUGAUAUGUACAGCUGCGAUGCUGCGAAUCCACGGUUUGAGCACCGAGGAUACAAGGAUUUGGUUCGAGGCAUUUCCUGCCCAGAAGUGCAAGAAGAAGGUGAUGUAGAUGCACCGUCUGCCGGAACCCCGGUGAAGGGGCAGGGGAGUACUGGCGCGUGCUGGAUAAUUUUCGCAUCUCGCCUCACAGGAUGGGUUGUCAGUCCUGCGCUGCAAGACUUACCAGUAGGCGUGUACUCCUUCAUUUUUUGGUUGAGCACUGGCGACCUGACAGUCAACUUUGCAUGCCAGGCAGGGACAUUUGACACGGGUCUCAAAGUAGUGGUCACGAUCGCUGCAAGAAGGCUUUGCGCUGUGUGGGGUUGGGAUGUUCAGGUCAGAUGGAAGAAGUCUCAGAUCUUGAGCCAGGUGCAGGCAUGCGAAGCUGCCAUGGCAAAGGUCGAUGCCGUGCUCCUGCUCAAGGAAGCUGCUGGGCUUGAGAUGAGCUUGGGGACCGAAGUCUUGACAGCUAUCUCGGGCAUCUUGGGAAUCCUCUCGCUGCUGCUCUUCCUGACAACUUGGAUGCUGAAGGCCGCCAGGAUCCGCCAGGUGCCAGAGUCUGCCAGAGUUAGAGGAUCGAAGCUGCUCAUAGGAGUUGCCAGUGGCCUUCGAUUCCUCUUCGCCCAGUCCGGAGAGUUUAAGAUCAACGAUGUCCGGAGGCAGAUCAGCGAUUCGGCCACCAUGGUCUCCACAGCACGCAAGGCGCGCUUCAUGAUCAAGUCGGCCGUCGCGCGCGGGGAGGCCUUCGAGCGCUUGUGGAGCGGCCGCCAUCAACGUGAAGGUGUGGGCAGCGCGGAUGAGAAGGUGCUGUACAAAAAGUUGGUGGCGGCGAUGCAGCAAGUCACGGAGGCAGAGCUUUCAGCUGCCGUGGAGGACAUGUGCGACGGCGAUAUGAUGCAAGGCACCAUAGAGGGAUUUGGGAGGAUUUCUGUGGGUGCCGAAGGGGCGUCCGGGCUGCCACUUUCCCGAGCAACUCGAAGCCUCCACAAGGAGCAGGAUAUGUGCACAGUCACGUUUUGCUGCACGCCCAAAUCCAGCUACUAG